GGUUUCCGCAUUUGCCAGGAAACAUGCCGCGCCAACACCAGGACAUUGAUUGCAACACCAUCGAGUUGCUGGAAGCUGUACCGGACGACGGUGACGAUGUCGAUCAGUGGCGUCGGGAUGCGACAGAUGUACGCUUCAGUGUUGGCGAAGACGUUGUUCCAGACGAUGAACCAGGGCCUAAUCUAUGGCUCGUGAGGUUCUGUCACGUUUACGGAGAGAAAAUAGGACUCAUCAUAAUCAUUUUGACUGCUGUCGUCUUUGCAUUGCUUUAUUUGCUGAGCGUGACGACCGGCAAAUCGACGGCGACAAAACUUUUCAAAGGGACAACGAACGUAUUCGAAGAUGGUUUCGGCAACUGGGCCGGUCGGUUUGAUAAGUGCGGCGGAAUGGUUUCCGGCGACGUCUUUAUCGUCAGUUCCCAGGAACUGUUCAUCCGGAAUUUUUCUCAUGACGGAACACCGUCUGAUUUCUGGGGUGGAGCGCAAGGUCGUGAGGGUGUUUAUGAGUUUCGUAUUCCGUAUCCAGCCACAAAAUCUACCAGCAGAAUCAGAGGUGCUCUGAAACGGCUGCGACUGAACGUGAACCUUCUAGUGCGCUUGCCCUUCGGUCGUCAAACACAGGAUUUGCAAUACCUGCUUUUAAGACCCCGGAAAAUCCUGAGGCACCAAACAGACCUAGAAUGCAAGGUGACGUUUGAGCCCUUCGCUGUACCGACAUCUCUGGUUUUGGGGCCGGAAUCCUCGUUUGAAGGAAAGAGUCAUGGGGUCCGUUCCGGUCUUAUCACUUUGGUCGAUGAGACCGCACUCGAAGUGAAAACGUUUUCCUACGAUGGGGUCGGUGAAGACGCCAUGUUCUUUGGCAGACUUGCUGUCGGUGGGAUCCGCAUAUCAUUCCGUGACGACAAGAACAGGAGUCGACCCAUUCGAAGUUACGACCAAGAGACGAUCACUUUAAGUAUCCCUAUGGAAGAAAAGUUGACCUGGCGAGAUUUUGAUGCAUUGGUGGUGGCACCCGUGGCUGGUGGGGCACCUUUUGGCAUUGCCAACAUCCAAGCACCAAAAAGUACAAUGUUGCCACCAUCUAGAACUCGAUUAAUAUCUUUGGUUGAGCCGAAGAACGGUUUCUGGGAUGAGAAACUGGAAAGCCAAGCGUCAAAUGCAGUUUGCGGAAUUGGUGUCGGUGCUCUAGAACUGCAUCUCGCGUGGGAUUCGUUGUCUCGCGCGUCUGCCUGGGAAGGUUCGUCAGCUCGACACCCUGCAGCUGUCGCUUUGAUCUGGGGGAUCCAGACCGAGAAAAGCAGCAAUGAACGUCGACUUGAUCCAUUUCUUGCUCGAGUAAUGCUCAUUGACACCAUCGAAAGGUCAUCUACCGAAUACGUGCCAGCAUUUCCAUUGACUAGACAGAUAAUUGGGAACAGCAGCUCGGUGAAAAUUACGGAAGACACGGUCAUGUUAGCGACGCGUCGUCGACUCCAAACGUCAGGCUGGACAAACUCGUUCCUUGUCGUGGCGUCGAUCGGUUUUCCACACGACGCUGCCACACCUGACAUGACGUGGGUUGGACCCAGUGUCGACGUCGUUCAAAAUGGCGUGCAAUUGCGACUGCUUCAAAUGCUCGAAAACGCGUCGUCGUGCCGAGAAACGACUUGAAGGGAUCCCUUGCUUAUUCCCGUUAUUGGCUUUGGCGAAAAUGGCGCUUUCGGCAUUCCAGUUCAUCGGAACAUUCACAGAGAUAACGUUGAAGCAUUAACUCUUGAUAACGUCUAAGUUUUCAUCCAUCCAAGACCAUGGUCAAAUUAGUAUAGUGAAGGGGAUUUUCACAGGCUGAUCCCUUAUAGGAUCUCACGAAGAGUCUCAAACGAUGAUGAUGCACAAAUUAUAACAGUUAAAUGACCAGAAAAUUUGAAAACUUCUCAAGGAAUUAUUCUCCUGGUAAUUUAUGAUACAUUGCAGGCCAUUGGGAGACGAAUUUGUCGAUGCUUGAUGCGAUAGCCCGAAUUCUUUGGAGUAAAUCUGCGGAUAAACACUUUUCAGUGAGAAAUUUGGCAGGAGAUGUGCUUGCUCAGAAACGAAUCAAACUACGCUUAGAAAAAUCUUUAAGAUAAUGCACUUCUGAUUUAAAUAACGUUAAGUGAACAGAGAACUCGAAAUGAAGCAUCUAUAUUUUUCCUACCUUAUGUUAACCUGAAUUGAAAUUGACAGAGGGCGAAGCAUGAUGCACUCUCCUCUUCCGUGCUCAGCGUGAUCCCUUAGAUUGCAAUGUGGACUUCCGGUACGCUUCCGCUUUUUUGAACGACGUGUUUGCAUAUAUGCGGAGUUGAAAUGUAUACUUUUCGCUCACCACA